AUGGACCCUUCGAUGACGGGUGAGCAGAUUCAAACAUGGGCUUACCAGGUUGAACCGCUCACCCCUAAGGGAUUGGGACUCGCUGUUGAAUAUGUCGCCAUCGUCUUUGGAAUCAUCAGCAUCAUCGUCGUGGGACUAAGGAUAUAUGUACGCGCUGGCUUGUCAGGGGCAUCAACCAGGCUUUGGGGUAUUGAGGACUGGCUAGUGGUGAUAGGAACUGUCCCUUUCAUACCAGCUGUUGUCUUCGCAGUUUAUGCUUCUCGCUAUGGAGUUGGAUCUCACGAUAUCGACAUACCCAGUCCACUUUACUUGAUACGCGCCGUCGAAUACCAAACAUACUGGGAGGUCCUCUACUUUAUUUCCUCUACCAUCAUUAAGUGCGCGAUUGGUUUCACAUGUGUGCGACUGGAUAAGCGGAAGCGAGUUACCAUUCUUAUGGGGGUCAACAUGUCCAUUAUGGUGGUUAUUGCUAUUCUCGCCCUAAUAUUCGUCUUCCACAACUGUACCCCCCUCGCGGCAACAUGGAAUCCGGCAUUAGGAACAUGCCAGAAAGUCAUUAGCUUGCAGACCGUCAGCUACAUCGUCUCUGCUAUCCAAAUGGCCACAGAUUGGAUAUGCGCCACUAUCCCUUUCUUCAUUGUAGCCGGACUGCAUAUGCCUCGGCGUCAGAAAGUAUCUGUCAUUUGCAUUCUUGGCCUCGGUGUUUUCGCGAGUAUUGCCACCUGCAUUCGAAUGCCUUACUUAAAAUACUACGACACCGCAAAGUAUCCGACGGAGAUAGCCUGUGUGUUUUCCCUAACAAAAGCUCCUCCUCAGUGGUAA